AUGGAUCGCUCUGUAACGAUUAUUCUUCUCAAUUCGCAAGACCCUCUUCCUCUUACCAAUAGGAAGAUCCUUCACCUGCUCCGAAAAAAACUUUCCACCAACAAUCAACCAUGCAUUCCUUUCAAAUAUAAUUUCACUCUUAAGGGAACACUUGGAAAUGCAACAACCUUCGAUUCUUGCUCAACUAACGUCAAUGGUAUUGAUUUUUCAUUUCCGAGAGAUGUCAAAAUUUCGUAUCGACAUUCGUUGAUCGUUGUGAGUGACUUUGGAAAUUCCAGAAUUGUCCUCUUUGAUUUAAUGACACGAAAAUUUGUAACAAGUAUUCCACUUUCAUUUCAUCCUCAAUGUUUAGCAUUUGACACCAAUGACAUGGAUUCAUUAAUUGUCACCUUGAGCUAUUGUCAUGUGUGUAAAUUUCGAAUUUUCAAUCGAGGUGAGCCAAUUGUACGAAAAUGGCAAGUUGGAAUUUCGAAUAACAUGAUUCACGAAAAUGAUGAAGAAAAUAGAACAACUCCAAAUAAUCUACCACCAUUUACGAACAACUCGAGCAAAACACCAAAAUUUUAUUAUCCAAUGGGAGUGGCUGUCAUUCCCAAAAGAAACUAUGAAUCGAGUGACAUUUAUAUUUGUAAUAGUGGAUACAAUCAAAUUGAAAUACUCAACUCGUUCGAUGGCUCUCUUAUUCGAAGUAUUUCCACGUUGGUGCAUCACAGAUUGGAAAUUCAUUCUCAAAUUCAUGAACCAUGGUCCAUUGCCGUCUUGUUUUCAAACAAAAUGAAUCCGAAAAUUGUCAUUUCUGAAUAUUGGAAUUCGAAGAUUAAGAUUCUUUCUCCAGCCAUCAACAACUCUGAUGCCAAUCAACAUUAUUGGGAUAUCAAAAAAAGUAUUUCAAUACUUGGCAAUGAUGAAGAAUAUACAUCCAUGCCUGAGAAUGAUCACAACAUGAACUCUCAACAAGGAACAGCUGUAUCUUCCAAUCAACCUGAUUAUUUUGUAUGUCCCAUGGGCCUUUGUGUGGAUCGAUCGACAGGAAAUAUUAUUGUCAGUGACUCGAUGAAUCAUCGAAUCAUGGUCUUUCAUAAGAGUGGUAAAUUCUUGAAAAGUUUUGGAUCGUUUGGAAUUUUCAAUAAGAGUGAGAAAUUGUAUGCUCCAUUUGGAAUGUGUGUGAAUGAGAGGACAGGUGAACUUUUUGUGGUCGAUGAGAAUAAUCAUCGAAUUCUAAUGUUUGAUUGA